UCGUCUCGUCCACUACGUACUGAACGUCAAUGCGGUAGUAAUGAACAGCAGAGCAUAGGUUAGAGAGGUCUAACCUAGCAAAGCAGAUUCAAAACGGACAUCAGACUGUGAGAAAGGAUCAGAAGGGCUCCAUAGGCCGCUUAAAAAACAUGGGAAACGCAGAAAGCGGCGUUGCCGGAGCCAGCGGGGACGAGGAAGAUGUCGAAGCCGAAAGCCCAGGGUUCGCGGAAGACAGCCCGGCCUCUGCGGCUACUGGUGUCGGGGCUGGGACUGCUGGAGGCUCCGGUUCCGGGAAAAGCGGUAGACCGACGAUCAACAACCCACCAUCCACUAACGGACCACCGACUCCCGGAGUCCUGUUAGAACAAGUUAAAUUGAGAGAAGCGGCGGCCCGGAUCAGUGACUCAGGACUCGCUAUUCCAGAGUCGGUUCUGGCCGGGAACGAAAUAGCUUUAAUGCGAUGGCUGGAGGACCGAUUGAGCCGAGGAGAAGAGUCAGUAAACGUGGAACAGUUUUGUGAGAUGUUAGAGAUCAGGAAUGCACCACGAGAUGAGUGUGAGGAGGCCUUUGGUCAGUUUGAUACAGAGGGGGAUGGGGUGGUGGAUGUGGAGAGUAUGUUGUCUGCUCUGAAGAACUCAAACGGAGCCAAUCUUCAGGGAGAGCUGAGUCACGUCAUAAGACAUCUGCAGGCGUGCUCCCUAACCCCAGGUUUCGUGGACAUAUUCUCUAAGUAUAAAGAUGAGUUGGGGGCGCAUGCUUCCAAAAUCCUCAAGUUCCUGCACAGGAACCGUAUUCCCAGCAGUGCCAUCCCGUUCCCACUGCUAGAGGGCUACAACAGCAUCUGUACCAUGAGGUCCACCUUGGUCCAGAACUUCCUGGAAUUCCUCCUGCAGAAAGAGAAAGACCUUGACAUCCAGUACAGAGCAGAGCUGAUCCGGGACCCUGACGUGGACAAGGUCAAGGUGGUCACGCAGUGCUUCAGCUUCAUCGAAGCCUCCUCCAACGCCACGGACAUCCACAGGAUGACGGACGGCGAGACAGGCUCCUUCUGGCAGUCAGACGGCAGCGCACGCUCCCACUGGAUUAGGUUGAAAAUGAAGCCAGACGUGGUGCUGAGACGCCUGGCCAUCGCCGUGGCCUCCAACGACCACAGCUACAUGCCCCAGCUGGUGUCGGUGGCCGUGGGCAAGAACCGGCGCUCGCUCCAGGAGAUCCGGGACAUCCGCAUCCCCAGCAACGUGACGGGCUACGUGGCACUACUGGAGAAUGCCAACAUCACGCACCCCUACAUUCAAAUCAACAUCAAACGUUGCCUUAGCGACGGAUGCGACACGCGGAUCCACGGGCUGAAGACGCUGGGCUACCAGAUUACCAAGAGCAAAGAGGUGUCGGUCUCAGACGCGUCGGCUAUCUGGUACCUGUCCCUCCUAACCUCCCUGGUCACCGCCUCCAUGGAAACUAACCCGGUUCUGGCCCAGACUGUUCUCCAGAGUACACAGAAAGCCUUAAGGCACAUGCCGCCUCUGUCCCUGACCCCCUCGUCCACAGAGUUCCCCAAGUUCUUCUCGGCCAACAUCCUGGAGGAGGUGGACGGCUUCCUGCUCAGGAUAGCUGACUGCUGCGUGAGCCCAGAGGCGGAGCUCACCCUGCUGGCCUUCGCCCUGGCCCGGGGCAGCGUGGCCAAGGUGCUCCAGGCACUGUCGGGCAUCAGCGAGCACCUGGAGACGGAGUACCGGGCCUCCAGCCUCAUCUCCUCCAUGGCCUCCGUCAGGAUGAGGCUGCUCUACCGCAAUGGAAAACCCCUCCAGCUGCACCUGCAGGCCUGCGACGUGAAGAGUAAAGAGGAGAAGUCGGGACCAGAGAACAUGCUGGCGGAGCCCACCACCGGUGACGUAUCUUCCACAGGGUUCCUGACGGAAAGUGGCAAGAAGCGAGCCAGCAUCAUCCUGUCCACGGAGGACCAGAGCAACUUCCAGGUCACCCAGAUGAAGGUCAAGGUCCGGAAGGGAGCCACUGGUGCAAAGUGUGGCCUGGUGUUUGCCUACAAGGAGGCGAACCCCUUCGAUGCGGAGAAGCACUUUGACAGGUUCAAGAAGUUUGACUUGUGGGACUACGACGACUACAAGGAUUUUGUUCAAGACAAUGUGAAGCUCCCGGCGCAGUCAGAGGACCAGCCCAUCGGCUGGUUCGAGCUGGAGGAAGACUGGAACGACGUGGAGAUCAAACUGCAGCAGUGUCGCAUCGCAAAGUUCCUGAUGGUGAAGUUCCUGUGCACGCGGCAGACGUCGGCCGAGCGGCUGGGGGUCCAGUCGCUGUGUUUCCACGGUUACCUGGUCGUGGGAGCGGAGAGGCUGGGGGACGCAGAGGAGCUCCUCCCCGACGGGGGGGAGGGGCCCGAGGACCUGGCCACCACGGGCCAGAUGCUGCUCAACAAGACCCUGUUCUUCAUCCAGCAGCUGACCCGAGACAUGGAUGUCUCUCAGUUCAAGCAGAAGUUCCUCCUUGACUUCAUUGGCCUCAGCCUCACCCUGUUCUGGAGCCUCUACAGUAAACUGAUGCAAAUCGAGGGAGAGGAGGUGAUGAAGAGCAGAGUGCUGCUGCUCCAGCUGCUCCAGAACUGCUUCCCAAUGCUGCAGAGGGGAGCGUCCGAGGGCCACUGCCCUGACGAGGGAGGGGGUCCCGAGGAGGAGGAGGAGGAGAAGGAUGAGGAGAAGGCAGCCGAGGCGGGCUGUUCGUCUUCCUCCGGAGCCAACGCGGACCCCCCUCACGGAGCCGUGCUGGAGCUCUACACCCACCUCUGCCAGGUCGUGGACAGGCCUGAGACCGAAGCUCUGGUGGAGAAGGCGCUACGGAGGGAGGCGGUCAAGGCCCUGCUAAGUGGAGCGGCCAUCUUCUUCCCAGACAAACACAGCCGGAGAGACAAGCUGUUCCACAUGAUGAAGAACAUCACAGAGGAGGAUCAGCCGGAGUCUGUGAAGGUGACCUUCGAGUCUCUUUGUAAUUAUUUCAGUGACCAGGAUCCCAGUGGUCUGCUGCUUCUCCCUCCCAAGGAGGUGUCCACGGACUUUGACAUCAGCCCCAUCCUGUCUGUCAUGGAGACCCUGCUGCUGGUAGCCACCAGGGAGUGCGAGGUGAUGAUGGGGGCUGUGAGCGGAGGACCCAGCCGGACAGUGCUCCUCUCCCUGUUCUGGGCCCUGCAGGGCAGCCUGCUGUCCUGGUGCUAUCUGCAGCUCAAGGCCGACACCAGCGGCAUGGGCGCCCAGCUGGCCCGGGACAUCGUGGUCAAAUACGUGAACCAGUUCCUGGGGAGCGCUCAGGGGGCUCUGGCCUCCCUGCUGGAGCGCUACAGCGGAGCUGAGAUAACAGAGAAACUGUCCAGCUCCAUCCUGGCCACAGUUACCCGACAACUGAUGAUCUUCCUGCUGGAGCUGUGCUCCUUGGAUAUUCCUCACAGUGUGCUGCUGAAGAGCUUCUCCUCUCUGGUGGAGCUGCUCAAAAACCUGUCCAGCGACACCGGAGACAUCUUCUCAAAGGUGGACCAGGAGAGCUGCCUGCAGCCCCAGCAGCCCGUGGUGCUGAGGACCUGGAACAUGGAGUCCCCGCACAACUACGAGAACAGCCGUCACGAGACCACCAUCUUCUGCUGCCCGGGGGCAACCUCCUUCGUGGUGGAGUUUGACGAGCGCUGCCAGACCGAGAAGAGAUACGACUACCUGGAGUUCACCGACGCCAGGGGCGGGAAAGUGCGCUACGACACGAAGAUCGGCACGGAGAAGUGGCCAAAGAAGGUGACGUUCGACGCAGGCCCUCAGCUCCAGUUCCUGUUCCACUCGGACAGCAGUAACAACGAGUGGGGGUACAAGUUCAGCGUGACGGCCCAGGGCCUGCCCGACAUCACCGUCUCCUGGAUGUCCGACGUCCAGCUGCUGGUGGCCCGGCUCAUGGGCCGUCUGGCCUCCAGAGCCAUGGCCCUCAAGUCCCCUCACGAGAUCCGCAGUGUGAAGGAGCUGCCCCCAGGGAGGAUGGCCCACGUCCAGUCGUCUCCUCUGUGGAAACCCAUCCUCAGACACGGAGCGUGCGAUGCCAGGGACACGCCCCAAAACAACACACCCUCCGUCCCGGUACGAGCCAGAACUAGCCCCACCAUCACCAGUCCGGUGGACGAGUUCCCCCGCUUCCUCGAGGACCUGGCCCGAUGGAACCCCAACCUGGAGCCCAACGAGGGCCCGGCCGAGCCCAUGAGGACCCUGAUGCUGUCCUGCAGGCGGCCCCCCAUAAGGAACGAGAUUGCGGCGGGGUCAACGGUCGACCAGGCGGUGAACGCCAUCUGGGCCGCCAUGGUGUACCACACGCCGGCCUUGCACCAGGCGCUCAAGGCCCACGUGGCUCAGGGCUACAAGUCGUCACUGAGCGAAGACUUUGUCCAGGUCUACACCCUGGCCGACCGAAUCCGGACGUGGAUGCUGGAGACGAAGCAGAGGCACCUCGUCAGCAAGAUGAACGCCCCCGACGAGAAGGAAGGGGCUCAGGAGGAGGUCACCAUGGAGGCGCUGGCCGAGGUGUGCAUCCAGAAGAGCCUCUUGCUGCUGAGGUUCCCCCCCAGCGGUGACACCUCCGGGCCAGCAGAGGGCAGCAGCGCUCCGCUCCUGCUCCGCUCCUGCUCCGUCUCGGAGGGGGACUUCCAGCCCACUACCUCCCCGGUCGCUGCUACUGCCAGUGCCGCCGCCGCCGCCGCCGCCCCCCUGGCCCUGGCCCUGGCCCAGGCCGCUGAGCCCCCCUCGGAGAGCGAGGCCGGGACGGUCCCGGAGGGGGGACAGCAGAACCAGACGGCGGCGGACGCCGGCCUCUCGUCCCAGACGGAGGAGCCGGCGGGCCCGCCGUCUGCCUCCUCCGUGCCACGCAGGCCCAUCCGGCGGACUCUGGGCCGCGUCCGCCUGCUGUCGUACCGCUCGGUGGAGGAGCCCCGCACGGUGCUCUCGGUCCGGGAGCGCUACCCCAUCCUGAAGCACCUGCUGAACUUCAUGAAGGACCAGGCCCUCACCACCGGCAGCGUCCUGCAGACCCUGGCCCUGAACAAGGCCCAGGCGCAGAGCGUGUGUCGGGUGCUGGAGUCGGUCCAGCAGGGCCUCCUGUCCCUGGGGAAGCCUCACCUCUUCCAGGCCCCCUGCAUCCUCUUCCUGCAGGAGCUGCUGGCCUGCCAGAAAGACUUCAACGGGUACUUCUCCCAGUUGUCGGGCAGCGGGCAGGAGCUUCGGGAGGAGGUACGGCGCUCCUACCACCAGCUGGUGCUCAUGCUGGUGGAGGCGGUGCAGGGCUUCAGCGGCCUCAAUGAGAAGGCAUUGCUGCCAGCCCUGUCCUGUGUGCAGACCUGCCUGCUACACCUGCUGGACAUGAGCUGGGAGCCCCAGGACCUGCCCCUCUUCCUGGAUAUCAAGCUGCCCGACCUGCUCCUCAACAUGUCCCAGGAGAACAUCAGCGUCCAUGACAUCGCUAUAAGCCAAUGGACGGAGGAGGACGAGAUCGCCGUCUACAAGAAGAACCAGGAGUGGAUGGACGAGUGCGCGGACGGGAUGUUCGAGAAGUGGUACGACAAGAUCGGGGAGGAGGGCUCCGUGGAGGACCGGAGGAAGAUGCACCGGUUCAUAGCGCGCUACUGCGACCUGCUGAACGUGGUGAUCUCCUGCGACGGCUGCGAGCGCAUCGCCCCGUGGCACCGCUACCGCUGCCUGCAGUGCAUGGACAUGGACCUCUGCAAGACCUGCUUCCUCAGUGGAGCGAAACCCGAGGGCCAUGAGGACGACCACGAGAUGGUCAACAUGGAGUACGCCUGCGACCACUGCCAGGGCCUCAUCGUGGGCAGCAGGAUCAACUGCAACGUGUGCGAGGACUUUGACCUGUGCUUUGGCUGCUACAACGCCAAGAAGUACCCAGACAGCCACCUGCCCACCCACCGCAUCACCGUGUUCCCCAUGGUGACCAUCCGCAUCAGCGACCGCCACCGGCUGAUCCAGCCCUACAUCCACAACUACUCGUGGCUGCUGUUCGCCGCCCUGGCCCUCUACACCUCGGCCCUGGCCAGCGAGAGGCGGCUGGACGGGGAGCCCCUGAAGACGGGCAGCCUGGACCGGGCGCUGGCCCUGCAGGGCCGCUGCUCCCAGCUCAUCACCGAGUGCCUGCUCAAGGGCCAAGACGCCAAAGGCCUGCGCUCGUCGGCCUUGCUCGCCUUGCUGUCCUCCAACGAGACGUCGUCCGACAGCGAGCUUGGCCCCAACUCCCCGGAGUCGUCGCGCGAGCUCAGCACCGCCGACAACACCGACAACUCCUCCCUCCCCGGGAGCACGGCGGCUGUCUGCUCGCCCACCUCCCCCCAGGACACGAGUAAAACCUCAGGGAAGGAGACCAGCUCCAGAGAGGUGGUCCCCGAGACCCCCACAGUGGCCCCGGAACCCCCAGCCAAGACCACCACCACCACCACCACCCCUACCCCCACCACCAGCCCCACCACUACCCCCACCCUCACCACCACCACCACUGCUGACUCCUCCACCCCGACCCCGCCAGGCCCCGGGGACGACCCCAAAGGGAGGAGGCUGGUGCAGCAGGACACGCUGGACUCGCCCACCCUCAGCCAGACCCCCUCCGUCUCCAGCGAGGACCCCCUCUCCCCCGUAGUCCGACCGUCGGAGCCGACGGGUCUGGCCCUGGCCGCGUCUCCAGCGUCGGAGCCGACGGGUCUGGCCCUGGCCGCGUCUCCAGCGUCGGAGCCGACGGGUCUGGCCGCGGCCGCGUCUCCAGCGUCGGAGCCGACGGGUCUGGCCCUGGCCGCGUCUCCAGCGUCGGAGCCGACGGGUCUGGCCGCGGCCGCGUCUCCAGCGUCGGAGCCGACGGGUCUGGCCCUGGCCGCGUCUCCAGCGUCGGAGCCGACGGGUCUGGCCGCGGCCGCGUCUCCAGCGUCGGAGCCGACGGGUCUGGCCGCGGCCGCGUCUCCAGCGUCGGAGGCGGGCAAGGAGCAGGCGGAGCGGCUGAGCCAGGCGCCGCGCCAGGACCACGUGUUCUCCGACUGCUCCCGGGAGAGGAUCCUGGGCCUGCUGGCCGCCAUGUUGCCCCCAGCCAAGCCGGGGUGCGGUCUGUCCCUGCCCAGCCUGAGCUCCAUCCUGCCCCAGCUCUUCCGGGUGGUGGUGUCCAACGCGGGCUGCCUGGACGAGACGUACCACCUGACCCUGGGGCUGCUGGGCCAGCUGCUGCUGCGGAUCCCCCCGGCGGAGGCGGACGGCGCCGUGGGCGAGGCCCUGGCCGACAAGUACGAGCUGCUGGCCCAGCUGGAGGCGGCCGGCACCGAGACCCCCGGCUGGAAGACCACCCAGCUGCUCUUCUGCCUGGGGGCCGUCUGCCUGGACAGUCGCAUCGGCCUGGACUGGGCGUGCUCGGUGGCGGACAUCCUGCGCGGGCUGAACGCCUGUCCCCAGUGGAGCGUGGUCAUCGCCGCCUUCACCGACCACUGCGUGCAGCAGCUGCCACACACGCUCCGACGCACCAACCUCUUCACUCUGCUGGUGCUGGUGGGCUUCCCCGAGGUGCUGUGCAUGGGCACCCAGUCUGUGUUUGUGGACAACGCCAACGAGCAGCACCACAUGAUCCUCCUCAAGCACUUCACCGAGAAGAACCACGCGGCAGUGGUCGACGUCAAGACCCGCAAGAGGAAGACCGUGAAGGACUACCAGCUGAUCCAGCCCCAGGACUCCAGCUGGGCCGGCCUGCCCGCCCAGGCGGAGGGCCAGCCGGCCCACAAGGCCCUCAUCAGCCGCUACCUGGACAGCUUCAUCUCCAUCAUCAGCCACCUGCUGAAGGGCAGCCCCGACCCCGGCUCCCCGGACGCUGUGGAGGCCUCCUGGGUCCUCUCCCUGGCCCUCAAGGGCCUCUACAACACACUCAAGAAGCAGGGCGUGGAGGAGGCCCAGCAGGCCAUCCAGCGCUCGGGGCUCACCCAGCUGCUGGUGAGGAAGUGCAGCAAGGGGACGGGCUUCAGCAAGCUGUGGCUGCUGCGCGACCUGGAGAUCCUCUCCGUCAUGCUGUACUCCUCCAAGAGGGAGAUCCACUCCAUGACCCAGGACCCCGAGCGCGACGAGCGGGAGCCGGAGCCCGACCGGGAGCAGGACUCGGACCACUCCAGCUGCUGCACCGAGGAGCCCCGGGACCCCAGCCGGCCCGACCCCCUGGAGGGCCUGGACGAGGAGACCAAGAUCUGCUUCCAGAUUACCCACGAUGCUCUGAACGCACCGCUUCACAUCCUGAGGGCCAUGUACGAACUGCAGAUGAAGAGGACCGACUCCUUCUUCCUGGAGGUGCAGAAGAGGUUUGACGGGGACGUGAUCAAGACGGACGAAACCAUCCGCACGCUGGCCCAGAAGUGGCAGCCCAGCAGGAGGCCUCGCUCGGAGCGGACCACCAAGGCCGUGGACACGGACAUGAUCGUGGUGUCGUGCGUGGCCAAGCCCAGCCACUGCGAGCGGGCCACGGAGGAGAUCAACCUGGUGGCCCAGAAGCUGAUCACCAGCUCGGAGGGCGACCUGCAGCUGAGCUACGCCAAGCAGCGCCGCACCAAGAGCUCGGCCCUGCUGCACAAGGAGCUGGACGCACGCAGCAACCGCGCCGUACGCCAGUACCUGGUCAAGGUGAACCAGGCCAUCGCCACGCUGUACGCCCGCCACGUGCUGGCCGCGCUGUUGGCCGAGUGGCCGGCGGGCCAGCCGCUGAGCGACGAGGCCCUGGAGCUCAGCGGCUCCUCCCACAUGGCCUACAUCCUGGACAUGCUGGUGCAGCUGGAGGAGAAGACCCUGUGGGAGAAGAUCCUCCAGAGGGUACUGAAGGGCUGUGGCCAGAGCAUGCUGUGCAGCCUGUCCCUCACCGCCUGCCAGUUCAUGGAGGAGCCAGGCAUGGCCGUCCAGAUCCGGGAGUCCAAGCACCCCUACGACAACAACACCAACUUCGAGGAUAAGGUGCACAUCCCGGGAGCCAUCUACCUGUCGGUCAAGUUCGACCCGCGCUGUCACAGCGAGGAGGGCUGUGAUGAGCUCAUCAUGUCCAGCAGCGCCGACUUCCUGCAGGACCUGCACACCUUCAGCGGCUCCCCGCAGAAGUGGUCCGACUUCGAGAUCCCCGGCGACACACUAUACUACAAGUUCGUGGCAGACAUGAGCAACACGGAAUGGGGCUACAAGUUCACGGUUACCGGUGGACACAGGGGACGCUUCCAGACAGGCUUUGAGAUCCUGAAGCAAAUGUUGGCUGACGAGGCGGUGCUCAGUCACCUGCCACUAUCGGACAUAUGGGAGUGGCAGGUGGGCGUGGCCUGCCGCCAGACGGGCACCCAGCGUCUCAAAGCCAUUCACCUCUUGCUCCGCCUCCUGCAGUGUCAGUCACAGACGGCCUGUGAGCUGAUGCUGCUGCGGCCGCUGUGGCAGCUGUUUGUCUCCAUGGAGACCACUCUGUGCCAGGACCCGGCGUGCAUCACGGUGCUGCUGCCCCUCCACCGUGCCCUCACCGAGCUCUUCUUCAUCGCAGAGUCCAGGGCCACGGCUCAGGGCAUCCUCCAGGAAUACCUGCUGGCCAUGACCACGGACCAGCAGCUCCUCAAUCACACUGCCAUGGCACUGAAGAACAUUGCGGCCAUCAGCCUCGCAAUCAAUUACCCGAAUAAAUCGACCAAACUGCUCAGCAUGCCCUCCUGAGCGAGCCAGGGGAGAGGAGAGGAGAGGAGAGGAGAGGAGAAGAGCGCAGCGAGAGGCGGAGACGGAGACGGAGGCGGAGACGGAGGGGGAGAGGGCGAGGGGGAGAGGCAGAGGGGGAGAAAAAAAGCCUGAAGAAGGAGAACCCAUCUUGGCUCAGACGGCUCAUUUUGAUGGGAAGUGAAGCGAUGGACCGAUACACUCUCACUCUCUCUCUCUCUCUGUCUCUCUGUCUCUCUCUGUGUCGCUCUCUCUCUUUCCAUCCUCCAGGACUCUGGUGCUGGUUCUAGUGGUGCUCUUGGUCCUGGAGCACUGUGUCUCACUGGUUCACCACUCUGUUCCCUGUCAAUGCCUUAGGGGAAUCCUUCACGUCAGCAACGUGACCGACGGGGGGGGGGGGGUAGGGUACCGCUCGUACGUGGUUCCGAAGAGGUCGUCUUUUUUUGACUUUUGUUUUUCGUGCUUGGAAGGUGCCGUGCGCUGUUUAGAAGAAAGUAUGCCAGAUUUGCCACUUGAGAAAGGAAGCUGUUCCCCUCCGUGUGCUCCACGCCUGUUACCUCCCAAACACUGGCGGCAUCGUUGACUUAUGCAAUACAUCACGCCGAAGGCAGGUCACCUUGGAUACCCGGGCCGGCCGGCCUCGGCGGAGGCGCCCGCAGCCUAGAUAUACGGCACGGGACGGUGCAGCAGUGUCAUUAGUCACCGCGGGGAGACGGCGUGCUGGCUUACUUAGUCCAUUUAGCUCCUUGGUUCUUCUAGCUCCGCGUAGGAGAGGCGAAGUGGAGCGCGUUGGGGUUUUGUUUUGUUUUGUUUGAAAGAAAAGUGGAUGGAACGACUUGAAGAACUUCCUUUACAUGAGGAUGGGUGGUGGAGGGGGGGGGGGGGGGUCUUAAUAGGGUAGAGGAAAAAAACGCACAUGCAGUUCUAUUCAAGUGUGAGAUGUGAAGAGCAAUCAGGACUGGUGAAGCAAUGCAUGCUGGGUAAUUGAGUUAAAGGCUAUUGUGUCGUUGUGUCUUCAAAUCUAUAAUGGCUAACUAAAUAUAGACCGUUUAUUGAGGAACACAAAGAGGUUUAAUUAAAUUAACUCUUUGAGGGCGGCUGGGGAACCUCGGUGCAAAGACGAGGGAAGUUCUCAGAGGAGAAUUCAAUCUUUUUCUUGUUUCGAGUUCUUUGUUGUGUUGCAAGGUCCGGAAUAUGAUUAGAAAUUGAGGAUGGCAAUCUAGUGAAAAGACUUUUAAAAAGUUUGUACAAGUACCCACAUCACCAUGUAAUCAGAAUUGAUUCACUGAAAAACAAAAAAAUCUGUCUGUUUAUCAAAACAAGUGGAUGUAAAACACGAGCACCCCACGAACACCACCGACACCGGCGGAAGAAUUAAUGAAGGAUCCACUAAUUGCUGGAGAGAGAGAAGAAAAAAAAAAGGUAGACAAAGCCAUAUUUUAAAAGCCAAACGUGUUUUGGUUGCAUAAGCAUUGGCCUACACAACACCCACGUGACCACAUCGAUUCACACGCUCGCUCCUCUGUCCACGCAGUAGGGCGCUGUUAGUGGGAUUCCACGCCUCUCUACUCGUGGGUGACAAUGACCUCUAUUUUUAUAAUCACGCCUACAUAUACAACAUAUACUCCAUUUUCUCCACUAGGCCUGUGAUUAAACACAAUGCCAUUGUGUCUCAUGAAGCUUUACUAUUUAUUUGUGACCACUAUGAACACAAUAGCCGUUCCUUUUCUUUGGUCAAUGACGAAAAUUCUGGAGCCACAUGCAGCAGAUAUCU